AUGGUAUACGCGUUUACCCUCCCAACUACAUCGCCUCUUUCAUUUCAGUCAUUCAUCGCAUCGCCUACUCAUCCCUCCCUUCCCCAAUCAGCUUCAACAACUCGUCAUGCUCUCCGUCUCGCUCUCAAGGCCCACAAACGCUUGCCCCGCGGCCCGCGCCAGGACGCGCACCUCCCCGCGGUUCUGUCUGCCCUGAACGAAUAUCUACCGUACCUGUUCGCGAUUUCAAAGAGUUUACGCGACCGCCAGGCUCCAGACGAAUACUCGUCUGACUACCAGAAUGUCGGCGCUCUCGGGUCCGGUCUCCGCACGGGUGAUAUUGAGAUCAUCCUGCGUGCGGAGAUUGAAUCCGCUUGGAGACCAACGCUCUCAUCGUCCAGUGCCUUCAACAUAGGAGCUGGCAAAAAUAACGCAGGAGGAAAGGGGACGAAAACGCAUAAUGGGCGAGUAUGUGGCCAAGGCAUCCACUUCGAAUUAGCAUUCACCCUGACAACUCUGGGUUAUGUCCUGAGUAGACUGGCGCGCGCUGGGGUUGUCGCCGCGCUUUAUGCAACCACACCUCCAUCACCAGAAGAGCGCACAGCCGCUGUGCAGACUGCAACGCGGUAUCUCCUACAGGCUAGCGCGGUGCAUAAUCUACUGGCCUCGUCGCCCACUUUCGCGGCGAACGCGGUCUCUGCGGUACCGGAUAUUGACGUCGGCACGCAGUCUGCCCUUGCAUCGCUUGCAUUGGCCGAGGCAACCCUGUUAGCCGUUCUCAAGGAUGAUGCAUAUGUUGCAGCGUGUAUUCAGUCACGUAAUCCUAAUGAUAAGGAGUGGAUGGUUCGCGCACCCGAAAUCCCGAAGGUUCGUGCACUUCUGUUCGCAAGACUCUGCGUUCGCGCCGCAGAAUAUUCUGAACAAGCUGCUGCGGGUCUCGGUGCUGUCGGUGCUGCAUCUACCAGCGCAGGCCGCGUUGGUGAGGAUGUCAUCCGCUACACCGGAGUCUUGGGUCGCGUUGCGCGCGCUCGUGCCUGUCGCUUCUUUGGUAUAGACGCCGAGCUAUCAGGAAAGGUUGGUGAUGGCAUUGCAUGGCUGCGGGCUGCACGCACACCUCUUGGGCUUCGUGGGGGCUCAUCCCAGGAUGACGGGUCUGCUUCGGGAGGGUCGGCAAAAGGCGGACUCUCUCGUUUGAAACGUGAAUGGACUGAGCGGCGUGAGGAGCGCCGAGUAGCGAAAGAUGCUGGCACCAGUGGCGAUAAGAGUCCCUUGGACGCAGGAGACGAUGCAGGUCGCGGGGAAGAGGGACAAGUCAUCGCCAUGCUCGAGGCCAAAUGGGUGAAAAUGAAUGAUACCAUAAAUACGCAGCUCAUUUCCCCCUCUGCGCCAUUGCUUUCUAAUCUGCCUUCUGGCCGAGAUAUACACUCACCACCAGCGCCAUACCAGCCCCCAUCUCUAGAUGACGAUCAGAUCAUGCGAAUGCGUGCUUCGCCAGAUGAAAGGGAAGAUGUCAGCUUCGGGAACGAUGACGACAGCGAAGAAGAGGCAGGUCUGAGUGCAGUGCGACCACCGGGUGGAUUCCCGGACCGCAGUGCCACAGCUUCAAGUGUCUAUUACUGA